AUGGCUACAAUCGGCACGCUAGUAGCGUUCGAUCCAAAGAAUCAGACCUGGGAUGAGUAUACGGAAAUACUCGAGCAGUUUUUCGCAGCUAACGGGAUCGACGAUGCAGAAAAACAGAGAGCGAUCUUAAUAAGUGUCGUCGGAGCAGCGACGUACAGCUUGAUGCGAAACCUUCUCAGCCCGGCCAAGCCCAAAGACAAAACCUUCAAAGAGCUGGUACUUCUGAUGAAAAAUCACUUCGACCUGAAGCCCAGUGAAAUUGUGCAAAGGUAUAAGUUCGACUCUCGCUCCCGCAAGCCGGAUGAAACCGUCAUGGAAUAUGUAGCGGAGCUGCGUCGCCUGGCACAGGAUUGUAACUAUGGCAACACGUUACAACAGAUGUUGAGAGAUAGGAUCGUCUGCGGAAUUAAGGAUGACCGAAUUCAGAGACGUCUCUUGUCAGAAGUAGAUCUCACGUUUGACAAGGCUCUGUCAAUUGCAGUAGCCAUGGAGACUGCAAAUAAAAAUGCACAGGAUCUGCAGACCUCCGGAGCGUCAGCAAAAUGUUUCACUCUUGCCACAGGACAACAGGAGAGUCGUACCUUUAAAGGAGAAAGUAAAGAGUGUUAUCGUUGCAAAGGAACCAAGCACACAGCAGCCGUCUGUAAGUACAAACAAGAAAAAUGUCAUGCUUGUGGUAAAGUGGGACACAUAGCCAGAGCUUGUAGAAGCAAGACUAAACUGAACCAGAAAAAGGAUGCAUCGACAUAUUUAAAGAAAGACAAAAAGCAGAGUUCACACUACAGUACUCCCAAUGUGGGCGAGAAAUCAGAUAACAACAAAACUGAUAGCUCUGAAGAUGACUCUUUCGCGUUGAACUGUGUUAAGUUCAUGAACGAAGCAACAUUCAGAGAAACGGGGAAAGACACUAAGCCCCCCAGCCUGCAGCCCAUCAAAAUCAAACUGGAAACUUAUACAGGGGAUCCUGUUAAGGUGAUUGGUGCAACACGAGUCAGCGUCAAAUACAAGCAGCAGAAAAAACAUCUGCCCCUGGUGGUGGUCGAAGGCGACGGCCCCAGCUUGCUAGGUCGAGCUUGGCUCGAGGAAAUUAAAUUGGACUGGAAUGAAGUAAAAAACAGUCGUAACAACAGAAAGCUGCACCAAGUCCAAACAACAGAAAUAACACUUCAGAGAGUGUUAAGUAAACAUGAGGAUGUAUUCAAAGAGGAGUUGGGCACCCUGAAAGGUAUGAAAGCUGCUAUUCAUGUGAAAAUUGAUGCCACUCCACGCUUCUUCCGUCCACGUUCUGUCCCCUUUGCCAUGCGAGCAAAAGUCGACGAGGAAAUAGACCGACUUUUGAAAGAAGGAAUCAUCUCGCCAGUAAAAUAUGCUGAAUGGGCGGCACCAGUAGUGCCACUUUUGAAGCCCACAGGGACAAUAAGACUGUGUGGGGACUACAAGCUUACUGUAAAUACAGUGGCUUCACUGGAGCAGUAUCCAAUACCCAGAAUGGAGGACCUGUUUGCCACACUAUCUGGGGGUAAGCAGUUCUCAAAAUUAGACAUGAGCCACGCUUACCAGCAAAUCCUCUUGGAUGAUGAAUCGAAAAAGUACGUGACAGUAAACACAUCUAGGGGGCUGUUCACGUAUAACAGAUUGCCUUUUGGAGUGGCCUCUGCUCCAGCAAUAUUCCAGAGGACCAUGGAAAGCCUUUUGAAGGGGAUACCCCAGGUAGCGGUGUAUUUAGAUGACAUCUUAGUGACUGGCGUGGAUGAGGUAAGCCAUCUACAGAACCUGGAUGAGGUGUUGACCCGGUUGGAGGAGGCUGGGUUGAGGUUAAAGAGGUGCAAGUGUGCUUUCAUGCAAGAGAAAGUGGAGUACUUGGGGCACAUAGUGAACGCUCAGGGGCUCCACCCAGUGGAAAAGAAAGUUAAAGCAAUCAUGGAUGCACCUAUCCCCACAAAUGUCACUGAACUGAAAGCAUACUUAGGUUUGCUAAAUUACUACAACAAAUUCCUUCCAAACCUGGCAACCCUGUUGGCACCCUUACAUGAACUUUUGAGACAUGAGGUACGCUGGACAUGGCAAAAGAGACAAGAGGAAGCAUUCCAGAAAUCUAAGAACCUGUUGAACUCAGCAGAGGUGUUAGUUCAUUAUUCUGCUGACCGUGAGUUGGUUCUCUCAUGUGAUGCAUCCCCAUACGGCGUAGGCGCCGUAUUGUCACAUAAGAUGGAGGAUGGAAGCGAGAGACCUUUGGGGUUCAUGUCACGCACACUCUCUCCUGCUGAGAAAAAGUAUUCUCAGCUUGACAAAGAAGGUCUAGCUGUGAUAUUUGGCAUCAAGAAAUUUCAUAAAUACUUGUAUGGCCGAGUUUUCACGAUUUACACAGAUCAUAAACCCCUGAUCUCACUGUUCAAUGAAAAGAAGCCUAUACCUCAGAUGGGCUCACCAAGAGUACAAAGAUGGGCCGUGACAUUGAGUGCUUACGAGUACAACAUCAGGUACAAGCCAGGAAAACACCAUGAAAACGCGGAUGCGCUCAGCCGGUUGCCGGUACCAGACUCAGCACCUGAGCAAGAGAUGACUGAGCAGGUUUUAAUGAUGGAUGUACUGGAUGACACAUUAGUUGACACUGCACAGAUCAAACGUUGGACUGCUAAGGAUGUCUUGUUGUCGCAAGUCCACGAGUACACCUUAAAAGGUUGGCCAGCUCAGACCGAUGCCUGUUUAAAGCCGUAUCGACAGAGAAAGCUGGAACUGAGUGUGAGGGAUGGUUGCGUGCUCUGGGGAGCCCGAGUAAUUUUUCCCACCAAAGGCAGAGACAAAAUAUUGAAACUCCUGCACCAGACUCAUACAGGCAUGUCGAAGAUGAAAGGCUUGGCAAGGUCUUAUGUAUGGUGGCCAGGGAUGGAUGAGAACAUUGAAAGAGAAGUGCAGGCAUGUGAGGACUGUCAGAAACACCACAAGGCACCACCUACUGCACCAUUACACCCGUGGGAGUGGCCGGACUCACCAUGGUCCAGAAUCCAUGUGGACUAUGCAGGGCCUUUCCUCGGGGAGAUGUUUCUAAUCAUUGUGGAUGCUUAUUCCAAGUGGAUGGACGUUUACCCUGUGAAAUCCUCGACAUCACAGGUCACUAUAGAGAAACUGCGCCAGAGUUUUAGUGUGUUUGGACUACCUAAAAUGUUAGUUUCAGACAAUGGAACAUGUUUCACAAGUGCUGAAUUUGAGUCAUUCAUGAAACAGAAUGGAAUUGACCAUGUGAGAUCAGCACCUUUCCACCCUUCUUCAAAUGGGCUGGCUGAGAGGGCGGUCCAGACCUUUAAGGAGGGGAUGAAGAAAGUCAAAGGUGAUACCUUGCAAACCAGACUGUUCCGAUUUCUGUUCAGUUAUCGCAUCACCCCGCAUGCCACUACUGGUUUGUCACCAGCAGAGUUGAUGAUGUCACGGAGACUCAGAUCAGUUUUGGACUUGCUCAUGCCUGAUGUGAAAACAAAAGUGCAGCACAAACAAUUGAAACAGAAAGAACAUCAUGACACCAAGAAAAGACUGAGAAGUUUCACACCAGGAGACGAGGUCUUCAUCAGAAACUACUCCUAUGGCCCGAAGUGGAUUCCUGCAGUCAUUGUGAGAGCAUCGGGUCCAGUGUCUUACAUUGUUACCAUUGGAUCAGGUCAAACUGUGAAGCGGCACGUGGAUCAGGUGAGAGCAAGAGUGGCUGACACUGUUCCCAGUACACCAGACAGGGAGGUGGAGCCAUUGCUUGACAAAGAAGCAGUGCCUGAGUGCUGCUUGCCAUCAGAGUUGGACACAUCGCCACAUCCUCCGGCAUCGGAGUUGCUUUAUGCUCCGGAGACUCCGGCUCCUGGAGACUCCUCAUUGACACCAGUGUUGCGACGUUCCCAGAGAGAGAGACGUCCACCCGAGACUUUAAAGGACUUUGUUAGAUAGAGUGAGAUCUUCCAGGAAUAGAGCAACAAUGCGCUCUGAUCUCACAGGAAGGACGUACCUUCCUAGUCA